AUGGUAAGUCUAGUACCACUACCAGGCCAGUACAAUGAAGACGCCUUUUGGAAGAACUUCCCGUGUCCGGAAGACGCAGCCAUUGCUCCCUGUAUCUGCAGCUUCAGUGAUAACUUCACCCUCACCUGCAGUGACCUGGACAGCAAAGAGCAGCUGGCGGAAAUCUUCAAGGCAACUUUUCCCAUCAAUAGAUUCGAUUACUUUGUGUUGGAGAACUCAAACAUUGGCCAGCUCCAAAAAGGUGUGUUCGGGGACAUAGCCUUCAGCGCGGUGAUGCUGGACUCUAACAACCUGACUCUGAUUGACGAAGAAGUGUUUGCUACCUCCUACAACUUCCUCAAACAGCUCUACAUCUAUGAGGACAACAUGGGGGACGAGCUUGACUUCCCCAUUAAGGACAUUAAUCAAUUCACGAAACUGGAGGAAAUCGAUAUUAGUGGACCCUACAAGACGAUAAUUUCCCUGACGUUGCCUGAGCUGACAUCAGCUAGACUGAGUCUUGACUUCAUGAGCACCCUGCCAGCCACCACCUUCACUGGAGCUCCCAACCUGAUCACUCUCACACUAGAGUCCUCACCCAUCAUAAACAUUGAGCCAGACACCUUCAAGUCACUUACACAUCUGGAGUCACUGGAGAUAUUAUACGCUGACUUGUCGAACCUCGUUGAAAGCUCCUUCGCCUUCAACUCCGAAAACUUGACUUACGUUUAUCUGUCUGAAAACAACAUUCAAACCAUCGAAGUUGGAGCCCUGGCAGGCAUACACGGCGAGGCAGAGCUCGACCUGUCCUCCAACCUACUCGAAGAGCUUCAAGAAGGAGUCUUCAUUCCAGUCGUCAAAGAGCUGACGAGCGGACACAUCAACCUGGCAGAAAAUCCUCUCUUGUGUGGCUGUGACCUUCUCUGGAUUGCCUCUCUUUCUGAUGAGGAGAAGCAGCGUCUACAAGGUGUGGCCAAGUCUUGCAACAUAAACACUGAAGACUACGACAUGGACACCCUUCUGGACUUCCUGGUGUACCAGUGUUCCACGCACACUCCUGGCUCUCCUCAAAUGUAACCACCUCAUGACUUUCCUGCAAGGAGAGGAUGGCUACAGAUACUUAGUACAAGAGCCUUUCGUGUACGAACAAGGCACACACAGUGAAGAGUUAUGAAGGUAAUGUAUCAUCUGAGUAACGAGUCAGUUGGUGGACGAACAAUUAAAACAAGAUAAUGAUGAGUGUGAGAACUCACCUUGUUGAGUCCCACGUAUGUAACUUUCUUACGCUCUUUCCGAGCGUUUGUUUCCUUCAGUAAUAUAUACAUGAUAUACUUCACCAGUGAUGUUUGACCACAAAAUAAAGUUUAUGGAGAUCA